AUGGCUGUCACAGGGAAUCGUCGAGCGUCAGUGAUGAGGCAGGAUGUAGGGAAAACAGUGCUUCUGGAUGAUGGAAGCAGCAAGCAUGGCUUCUGCUGGACUCCUCUGCACCCCGGGGUGCCAUCUGGGGCCUCGAAUCAGACCCGGGCUCGGCUGUGUGUGUGGAUCUCCAGCUCCAGGCGUGUGUCCCCUGGCCCAGGGCACCCCGCUCGCCCGCCCGGACCCCGCGACUACUGGGGCUCCACGCCUAACGCCGGAAGCCACCGCCCGGCCCCCACCGCCUUAUCUCGGCGCCCCGGGCGGGUCCAGGCGGAGUCGAGGGCGCCGGAGGUGCGCGGCGUCAUGGGGGGCCGGGGGCCCGGGCCCGGGGGCCGCCCGCCGGGCCUCCUGCUGCCGCCGCUGCCGCUGCUGCCGCUGCUGCUGCUGCUGCUCAGCCCGGCCCGCGGCAGCCACGGAACUCCGGGCGCCGACGGUGAGUUAGUUGGGUGCCGGCAGCCCCCGGGGCCCGGGGCGGCUCGAGGGCGAGGGCGCGCCCGGGCGCCUCCCAGCUCGCUCCGGGGCCCCAGGGCGCGGGCGGGGCGGCCCCAGCCCGAGGCGCCCAAAGGCGGGGAGACGCGGGUGGGGCCCCAUCCGGGAGGCGAUCGGGCCUGCACCCUUCCUUUCCCCUCCCAGGCCGCCCCGUCUCGCUUCCGGCCUGCAGCGGGCUGGGCGCUCCCCAGAGCUUGCUUCCUCUUGCAACGCCUUUCGGACUUAGACCUGCUCACUUCGGGGAGACGGUUCAGGAGAUGGUGGGGGCGCGUGCAGACCAGGUCGAUUCUUAGCACCACCUGCUUCCCCAGCACAGAGCCAGGAAGGGGGCCCCUGAGCACGAGUGACUGCUGGACCCCAGCUCCCCAGGGCACAGGUUUGAAUGUUUGUGCCACUUGCCAUGAACAUGCUACCUGUAAGCAAGAAGAAGGGAAGAAGAUGUGUAUUUGCAACUAUGGAUUUGUGGGCAAUGGGAGGACCCAGUGUAUUGAUAAGAAUGAGUGUCAGCUGGGAGCCACUGUGGUCUGUGGGAACCACACAUCUUGCCACAACACACUUGGGGGAUUUUAUUGCAUCUGCCUCGAAGGUUAUCGAGCCACAAACAACAACACGACCUUCAUCCCCAAUGAUGGCACCUUCUGCACAGAUAUAGAUGAAUGUGAGGUUUCCGGUCUGUGUGGGCAUGGUGGAAAGUGUGUGAACACACAGGGGACCUUCGAAUGCCACUGUCUGCAUGGAUUCUCGCCAAGAAACGGGCCAGUUCCUUUCCACCCGGCCACUCAGGCCACGACAUGCACAGAAAUAGACUGUGGUUCCCCUCCUGAAGUUCCAGAUGGCUAUGUCAUAGGAAAUUAUACCUCUCAUCUUGGUAGCCAGGUCCGUUAUGCUUGCAAAGAAGGAUUUUUCAGUGUCUCAGAAGAUACAGUUUCUAGCUGCACAUCUUCAGGCAUCUGGGAGUCUCCAAAACUAAAUUGCCAAGAGAUCGACUGUGGCCAUCCUCCUCAAGUUCGGCAUGCGUUCCUGGUGGAGAACUACAGCUCCAGCCUGGGUGGCGUGGCUCACUAUGUUUGCCAGGAGGGCUUCGAGAGCCCUGCAGGACCUAUCACUUCCGUUUGUACUGAGAAAGGCACCUGGAGGGAAAGUACUUUGACCUGCACAGAAAUAAUCACAGAAAUCAGCGACCUCUCGGUGUUUAACAAUACCUGCGUGAGGUGGCAAAUAAGCCUGGGCCACGUCAGCUCCAGAAUGACGUAUGUGAUCCACAUAAAAGGACAACAGUUGGACCCUCUGGAGUCACUUGAUGUGGAGACUGUCAACUUGACCACAUACAGCAGGACUCCUGUUGUGUGCCUUGAUCUGCAGCAGGGCAUCAACUACACUGUGAGCAUUUCCACUGCCCCUCCCAGACGUUCGGUGCCAGCGGUCAUUGGCUUCCAGACAGCUGAAGAUGAUCAUUUAGAAGAUGGUGGAUUCUCAAUGUUUAAUGAAGUUUGUUUGAAAUUGAACAGGCAUUCAAGGAAAGUUGGAUCAGAGCAAAUGUACCAAAAAUCCAUCUCAUCUGACAUCUCUGUAAAUUACCAAGCAGACUGGAAGUUCACCACCUGUGAAUUAGAAUAUAGCAUCAGCAACAUUUCAGUAUUUAAUGAUACCUGCUUGAGGUGGAGAAACAUCAAGGAAACUUCUACAGAAGAGAUAUAUUUAUUCCACAUCCACGGUCAGAGAUGGUAUCAGAAAGAAUUUUCUCAUGAAAUUAUCUUUAAUAUCACUGUGAACAGCCAGGAUCCUGAGGUGUGUUUGGAUCUGCGCCCAGGUACUAACUACAGUGUUAGCAUCCAGGCUCUGUCUUCCAAACUUCCUGUGGUCAUCUCCUUGACAACCCCAAUAACAGAGCCCUUGCUUCCAGAAGUGGAUUUCCACACUGUGCAUGGAAAGCCUCUCCCUCGCCUGAGACUGAGGAGAGCUAAGGAGACAAAUGGACCCAUCAGUUCCUAUCAGGUGUUAGUGCUUCCCCUGGCUCUCCAAAGUACAUUUUCUUGUGAAUCUAAAGGAGCUACUUCAUUCUUUAGCAACACUUCUAAUGUUGAUGGAUAUGUGGCUGCAGAACUAUUGGCCAAAGAUGUGACAGAUGAGGCCAUGGAGCUCUCUAUCGGAGAUAGGCUGUACUAUGGGAAGUAUUACAAUGCACCCUUGAAAACAGGAAAUGAUUACUGCAUUAUAGUGCGAAUCACAAGUGAAUGGAAUCAGGCAAGGUACCUGUGUCCCCUGGCCCAGAUUCUACUACAGGAAGUAGAGAUUUACAACUUCAUGCAUACCUACUGA